GUAAUUGGGACUACAGGCGCCCGCCACCACGCCCGGCUAAUUUUUUUAUUUUUAGUAGAGACGGGGUUUCACUGUGUUAGCCAGGAUGGUCUCGAUCUGCUGACCUCGUGAUCCGCCCGUCUUGGCCUCCCAAAGUGCUGGGAUUACAGGCGUGAGCCACCGCGCCCGGCCGGAACAUAUUUUACCAGGUUUUCACAUUUGGAUUUCUGGAUACAGUAAGUAGCCAGUUACUACUUUAACGUCAGAAAAAGAUGUCUUUAAUUUUUUUAUAGUCUGUAGUAGAAAAAUUACGAAAGAAGGUACUUAAAAAUGCCAGCUGUAUAUUUCCUAGAGGAAAAACUGGCAAAGGCGCUCUUCACAAAGGGUAGACGGUACCUUAUACAUGAAACCCAACGAUCCCGUCUCACACUUUACAUUCAGUUUAACCAUAAGUAAAACCUCUUGUCACACCGUCACCGUUACUCCAAUUAUGGCAAUAACCACCUCCUUCUACGGAUGCGGUCGACAGAUAAGAUCUCUAAACUGCUGCUAUCAAUCGGUCCUGGCUCAAGAAUUUCUUAUCUGCCUGAUUCAGAAAAUACAGAUGCUGGAAGCUCACAGGCUUGUUCGGGGAAAGAACGCUAAGCAAGAAUAAAAUUUUAUUUCAAAGCGCCAAAAAUCUCGAAUUCUGAGGUCCACAGCAAGGUUUCCCAGAACGACUCACAGUUGUUCCCUUGUGAGAACGUAGCUCCGUGAAAUGCGCAUCCCUACUCGGUCCAGAGAAAUAGAUCAAUGGGAAAAAGGAUUGAAUCGACAGGAGAGAGCCUUAACCCACGGCCGCGGGCGAGUCUUCUGGGCAGGGGCAGGCGGGAGCGACAUGGGGCGACGCUCACGAACGAUCAGAGCAGCGGGCGACGCAACGAGGCCCGGAGGCCGCUGGCUGUGCGCUCCCUCGCAGCAGCCGGGCGGGCAGAAGCCCCUAGUCCUCUGCCCCCGCGCAAGCGACGCCGGGAAAUGCCCACAUCCGGGAAACCUGCAGCGGAGUGCGGCGGCGGCGGCGACACUGAGUGGAAGGCAAAAUGGCGGCGGCGGCGGUGUCCUGGUGUUAAGAGGAGAGCCAGGUCCUCGCGACCCCCGCGACGGGUCGCGCUGGCCCGCGGCAGCCGGCCCGCUCCUCUCCCCGCUCUGCCCCACCAGGGAUACUUGGGGUUGCUGGGACGGGCUCCGACCGCCCCGGCGUCCGCCCUCAGGCCCGUGGCUGCUGUCCAGGAGCUCUGCUCUCCCCUCCAGGAUAUGGUUAUACAAGCUCUUCAGAAAACUAACAACAGAAGUAUAGAAGCAGCAAUUGAAUUCAUUAGUAAAAUGAGUUACCAAGAUGCUCGACGAGAGCAGAUGGCUGCAGCAGCUGCCAGACCUAUUAAUGCCAGCAUGAAACCAGGGAAUGUGCAACAAUCAGUUAACCGCAAACAGAGCUGGAAAGGUUCUAAAGAAUCCUUAGUUCCUCAGAGGCAUGGCCCACCACUAGGAGAAAGUGUGACCUAUCAUUCUGAGAGUCCCAACUCACAGACAGAUGUAGGAAGACCUUUGUCUGGAUCUGGUAUAACAGCAUUUGCUCAAGCUCACCCCAGCAACGGACAGAGAGUGAACCCCCCACCUCCACCUCAAGUAAGGAGUGUUACUCCUCCACCACCUCCAAGAGGCCAGACUCCCCCUCCAAGAGGUACAACUCCACCUCCCCCUUCAUGGGAACCAAACUCUCAAACAAAACGCUAUUCUGGAAACAUGGAAUACGUAAUCUCCCGAAUCUCUCCUGUCCCACCUGGGGCAUGGCAAGAGGGCUAUCCUCCACCACCUCUCAAUACUUCCCCCAUGAAUCCUUCUAAUCAGGGACAGAGAGGCAUUAGUUCUGUUCCUGUUGGCAGACAACCAAUCAUCAUGCAGAGUUCUAGCAAAUUUAACUUUCCAUCAGGGAGACCUGGAAUGCAGAAUGGUACUGGACAAACUGAUUUCAUAAUACACCAAAAUGUUGUCCCUGCUGGCACUGUGAAUCGGCAGCCACCACCACCGUAUCCUCUGACCGCAACUAAUGGACAAAGCCCUUCUGCUUUACAAACAGGGGGAUCUGCUGCUCCUUCGUCAUAUACAAAUGGAAAUGUUCCUCAGUCUAUGAUGGUGCCAAACAGAAAUAGUCAUAACAUGGAACUGUAUAACAUUAAUGUACCUGGACUGCAAACAAAUUGGCCUCAGUCAUCUUCUGCUCCAGCCCAGUCAUCCCCGAGCAGUGGGCAUGAAAUCCCUACAUGGCAACCUAACAUACCAGUGAGGUCAAAUUCUUUUAAUAACCCAUUAGGAAAUAGAGCAAGUCACUCUGCUAAUUCUCAGCCUUCCGCUACAACAGUCACUGCAAUUACACCAGCUCCUAUUCAACAGCCUGUGAAAAGCAUGCGUGUAUUAAAACCAGAGCUACAGACUGCUUUAGCACCUACACACCCUUCUUGGAUACCACAGCCAAUUCAAACUGUUCAACCCAGUCCUUUUCCUGAGGGAACCACUUCAAAUGUGACUGUGAUGCCACCUGUUGCUGAAGCUCCAAACUAUCAAGGACCACCACCACCCUACCCAAAACAUCUGCUGCACCAAAACCCAUCUGUUCCUCCAUAUGAAUCAAUCAGUAAGCCUAGCAAAGAGGAUCAGCCAAGCUUGCCCAAGGAAGAUGAGAGUGAAAAGAGUUAUGAAAAUGUUGAUAGUGGGGAUAAAGAAAAGAAACAGAUUACAACUUCACCCAUUACUGUUAGGAAAAACAAGAAAGAUGAAGAGCGAAGGGAAUCUCGUAUUCAAAGUUAUUCUCCUCAAGCAUUUAAAUUCUUUAUGGAGCAACAUGUAGAAAAUGUACUCAAAUCUCAUCAGCAGCGUCUACAUCGUAAAAAACAAUUAGAGAAUGAAAUGAUGCGGGUUGGAUUAUCUCAAGAUGCCCAGGAUCAAAUGAGAAAGAUGCUUUGCCAAAAAGAAUCUAAUUACAUCCGUCUUAAAAGGGCUAAAAUGGACAAGUCUAUGUUUGUGAAGAUAAAGACACUAGGAAUAGGAGCAUUUGGUGAAGUCUGCCUAGCAAGAAAGGUAGAUACUAAGGCUUUGUAUGCAACAAAAACUCUCCGAAAGAAAGAUGUUCUUCUUCGAAAUCAAGUUGCUCAUGUUAAAGCUGAGAGAGAUAUCCUGGCUGAAGCUGACAAUGAAUGGGUAGUUCGUCUGUAUUAUUCAUUCCAAGAUAAGGACAAUUUAUACUUUGUAAUGGACUACAUUCCUGGGGGUGAUAUGAUGAGCCUAUUAAUUAGAAUGGGCAUCUUUCCAGAAAAUCUGGCACGAUUCUACAUAGCAGAACUUACCUGUGCAGUUGAAAGUGUUCAUAAAAUGGGUUUUAUUCAUAGAGAUAUUAAACCUGAUAAUAUUUUGAUUGAUCGUGAUGGUCAUAUUAAAUUGACUGACUUUGGCCUCUGCACUGGCUUCAGAUGGACACACGAUUCUAAGUACUAUCAGAGUGGUGACCAUCCACGGCAAGAUAGCAUGGAUUUCAGUAAUGAAUGGGGGGAUCCCUCAAGCUGUCGAUGUGGAGACAGACUGAAGCCAUUAGAGCGGAGAGCUGCACGCCAGCACCAGCGAUGUUUAGCACAUUCUUUGGUUGGGACUCCCAAUUAUAUUGCACCUGAAGUAUUGCUACGAACAGGAUACACACAGUUGUGUGAUUGGUGGAGUGUUGGUGUUAUUCUUUUUGAAAUGUUGGUGGGACAACCUCCUUUCUUGGCACAAACACCAUUAGAAACACAAAUGAAGGUUAUCAACUGGCAAACAUCUCUUCACAUUCCACCACAAGCUAAACUCAGUCCUGAAGCUUCUGAUCUUAUUAUUAAACUUUGCCGAGGACCCGAAGAUCGCUUAGGCAAGAAUGGUGCUGAUGAAAUAAAAGCUCAUCCAUUUUUUAAAACAAUUGAUUUCUCCAGUGACCUGAGACAGCAAUCUGCUUCAUACAUUCCUAAAAUCACACACCCAACAGAUACAUCAAAUUUUGAUCCUGUUGAUCCUGAUAAGUUAUGGAGUGACGAUAAUGAGGAAGAAAAUGUAAAUGACACUCUCAAUGGAUGGUAUAAAAAUGGGAAGCAUCCUGAACAUGCAUUCUAUGAAUUUACCUUCCGAAGGUUUUUUGAUGACAAUGGCUACCCAUAUAAUUAUCCGAAGCCUAUUGAAUAUGAAUACAUUAAUUCACAAGGCUCAGAGCAGCAGUCGGAUGAAGAUGAUCAAAACACAGGCUCAGAGAUUAAAAAUCGCGAUCUAGUAUAUGUUUAACACACUAGUAAAUAAAUGUAAUGAGAAUUUGCAAAAGGGCCUGAAAUGCGAGGUGUUUUGAGGUUCUGAGAGUAAAAUUAUGCAAAUAUGACAGAGCUAUAUAUGUGUGCUCUGUGUACAAUAUUGUAUUUUCCUAAAUUAUGGGAAAUCCUUUUAAAAUGUUAAUUUAUUCCAGCCGUUUAAAUCAGUAUUUAGAAAAAAAUUGUUAUAAGGAAAGUAAAUUAUGAACUGAAUAUUACAGUCAGUUCUUGGUACUUAAAGUACUUAAAAUAAGUAGUGCUUUGUUUAAAAGGAGAAAUCUGGUAUCUAUUUGUAUAUAUGCUAAAUAAUUUUAAAGGACAAGAGUUUUUGAAAUUUUUUUGAAAGACAGUUUUAGUUUUAUCUUGCUUUAACCAAAUAUGAAACAUACCCCGUAUUUACAGAGCUCUUUUUUCCCCUCAUAACCUUGUUUUUGGUACAAAAUAAGCUAGAGAAAUUAAGCCAUCAUGUUGGUGAGUGUUCCUAGGCUAAUCUUAAUCUGUAUAAUUCACAUCCUGAAACUAAGGAAUACAGGGUUGAAAAAAUAUUAAUGUUUGUCAGAAGGAAAAAUAAUGCAUUUAUCUCCCCGCCCCCAUGGAAUAUUUAAUCUUCUUGCAUUUAUUUCUCAAGAAUUACUGGCUUUAAAAGAAGCCAAAGCACUACUAGCCUUUUUUCCAUAUUGUUAUUUUUGAUGCUGCUUCCAAUUUUAAAAGGGAACAAAGCUGCCAUAAAUAAAAAUUUUCAGUACUGAAAGCUAAAAUUUUUUUCAUCAUCCUAAGCAAAGAAUUAUUUUCAUGUUCAUAUACUUUUCCUGUAUAGUAACUAUUUUGAUUAUAUCAUCAAUGUUACCUGUUUCCUCUUUCAGAACAGUGCUGCAUAUACAGAUUGUUAUUGGCAAAGGAAAAUCUGGCUAUCUGGCAAUAUUUUACUUAAGGGCAGAUUAAUUGGUGAAAAAAUUAACUCUUAAGAUGGCCAUUAAUAAUUAGAAAAAUUUACAGAGUGGUCUUAGUAGAAAAUUCAAGUCCUCCUAAUUUAUUUAAGGUUAAAUAAUGUGUUCAACAUGCCUAUUAUGUAUAAUGCUUAGGUUCUAAGGAAGAUUAAGGUUUCAUACCAAAAUACAUGAGCUUAUCUUUUAGGAAGGGGAAAAAGGCUCUAUUUUGACCAUAGUAAAAUUUGUAUUUUAUUUCCUUUUCUUAAGCUCCACUGAUAAGGGAUUGUUUUUAUCAAAAGUUACUAUUUGGGGAUUGGAGGCAUAAUUUUAAUGAUUUUCAUACUUUUAGCUUUCUUCACAUAAAAGCUAAUUGAAACCAUAUAUGUAAUAAAAUUAAAGGCAGAGCUGUUGCAGUUGAAUUGGAGAGUCAGGGCAAAGAACACUUAACUAGCCCACACUUCCCACCUUUCUACAGGUGGUCCUUUCAGCUUGAAAACCUACUACUAUGUUAUCAUGGGUCUUUCGGGGUUAGUGGUUCUUUUGAGAAUCUGAAGGAAGCUGUGGACUCUUCCCAGAAAAAAAAAAAAAAUCAACACAUACAAUGUUGCAUGCAGUUUCAAGGGAUUUUGGACAUAUUGAAACCUAUCACAGGCUCUAGGUUAUGGACCUCUGUCCCUUGAGAAAAUUGAUAUAUUAAACUAAGAACUUUGUUUUUAACUUACCAAUCACUACUCAGCACAUCUUAUAUAAACUGAUAAUUUGUGAUGGAAAAGGUCCGUAACAUGUGAUGUAAGGUGACCUUAUGAAUGCCCCUCUUGCUGGUACAUUAAGUUGUUUUAAAUGUAUCAUUUGGAGGGGACUGAAAUGUUGGACUCAUGACAAGCUUGAUACAGAAAUAUUUCUGAAGGAUUUCUAAUUGGAAUUGUAAGAAAAUGUGCUCUCAUGAAAUGGCAGUCUUCACCUCAUGGUUCAUGGAACAUUUGGUUAGUCCCAUAAAAUCCUAUGCAAAACAAAGUAGUUCAAGAAUUUUUAGGUGGGUACUCACAUUUAUAAGGUAUUCCUCUUGCUCUUUGGACUUUUUCAAUCUGAUUUAUUUAAAUUUUCAUUUAGUUGUUUUACUUUUGGACUAAGGUGCAAUACAGUAGAAAAUAACUUUGUUACAUUUAUGUUGUAGGAAAUCUAAGGUGCUGUCUCCUCCCCCUUCCCUUCCUACAAAAUCUGUAUUGCUGAAAUGUAACAGACACUACAAAUUUUGUAUUCUUUUUUUGUAUUUUGUUUUGAGACAGGGUCUCACUCUGUCACCCAGGCUGGAGUGCAGUGGCGCUUCACAGCUCACUGCAUCCUCGACAUUUGGGGCUCACGCAGUCCUCACACCUCAGCCUCCCGAGUAGCUGGGCAUGCGCCACCAAGCCCGGCUAAUUUUUGUAUCUUUAGUAGAGAUGGGGUUUUGCCAUGUUGCCCUGGUUGGUCUGGAACUCCUGGGCUCCAGUUAUAUGCCCACCUCAGCCUCCCAGAGUGCUGGGAUUACAGACGUGAGCCACCGCGCCUGGCGCAAAUAUGUGUUCUUUUAAAAUUUCCUCUGAUACUAUAAGCCUUUUGCAUUUAUCUGAAGCAGUAUACAUGCCUUUGGUAUCAGCAAUUUUAACAGUUUGGAUAUACUUAUCAGCUAUCUUAUUCCAAAACUACAUCUACUUCCAGUAUAGAAUCUGGUGCUUCCUGACCAAAAAGAUGAGAAAAACAAUGUUAAAAAUAUAGAUACUUUCCAUUGAAAUGGAGUGAAAACGUUGGUUCUGUAUGUUUUCUUUUAAAAUAAUUUUCUCAUAAAAACUUGCUGUCUUUAUUGUACUUACCCUUUUUAUGCAUAUCAAUAGUAUUUAUAAGAUGUGUUCUAUAAUUAUGUAAUUGUAGAUACUGUUACGUAUUGUCCAGUGACAUCAUAAGGCAGGCCCUACUGCUGUAUCUUUUCUACCUUCUUAUUUGUAAUAGAAACUAUAGAAUGUAUGACUAAAAAGUCACUUUGAGAUUGACUUUUUUAAAAAGUUAUUACCUUCUGCUGUUGCAAAGUGCAAAACUGUGAGUGGAAUUGUUUUAUUCUGACUUAAUAUGUUAGAAAUUAGAGAAUACAGUGGGAGGAUUUGUAGACAUUGCUGCUGCUGUUACCCAAGGUAUUUUAGAUCAAAAAAUUUAAUAAACAAAAAUCCCUUUGGUAUUUAAAGUGGAACAUUUAGCCUGUUCAUUUUAAUCUAAAGCAAAAAGCAAUUUGGGUCAAAAUAUUGGUAUAUUUGUAAAGCGCCUUAAUAUAUCCUUUUGUGGAAGGCACUACACAGUUUACUUUUAUAUUGUAUUGUGUAUAUAAGUAUUUUGUAUUAAAAUUGAAUCAGUGGCAACACUAAAGUUUUAUAAAAUCAUGCUUUGUUAGAAAAGGAAUUACAGCUUUGCAAUAUAACUAAUUGUUUUGCAUAAUUCUGAAUGUAAUAGAUACGAAUAAUCAGCCUGUGUUUUUAAUGAACUUGUUUGUAUUUUCCCAAUCAUUUUCUCUAGUGUAAUGUUUGCUGGGAUAAUAAAAAAAAUUCAAAUCUUUCAA